AUGGCGGCAGCGCGGUGCCUGCGGAGCGCCCGGCGCCUCCUGCCCGCGGGCGCACGGCACGAGUGCUUGGAGCUGGCCCGGCUGGCGGGGCCCGUGUUCUUUGCCCAGCUGCUGGGGUUCCUGAUCAGCGUGGUCAGCUCCAUCUUCUGUGGCCACCUGGGGAAAGCUGAGCUGGAUGCUGUGACCCUGGCUGUGUCUGUUAUCAACGUGACAGGAAUCUCCAUCGGUGCUGGCUUAGCCUCAGCAUGUGACACGCUGAUGACCCAGACCUACGGCAGCAAGAACCUGAAGCAGGUGGGCACCAUCCUGCAGCGAGGCAUCCUCAUCCUGCUGCUCUUCUGCUUCCCUUGCUGGGCCCUCUUCAUCAACACCGAGAGCAUCCUCCUGCUCAUCCGACAGGACCCCGAGGUCUCCAGGUUAACUCAGCUCUACGUGAUGAUCUUUAUUCCAGCUCUUCCUGCGGCGUUUCUGUACCAGCUGCUGACAAGAUAUUUACUGAGUCAGGAGAUCAUAAUGCCUCAGGUGGUGACAGGGAUUGCAGCCAACAUCCUCAAUGCAGCCAUGAACGCCUUCCUCCUCUAUGCUCUGAAGCUGGGCAUGGUGGGCUCUGCCUGGGCUAACAUGGUUUCUCAGUACACCCAGGCCAUCCUCCUCGUCCUUUACAUGUGGUGGAGGAAGAUCCAUGUGAAGACCUGGGGAGGCUGGAGCAGGGAGUGCCUCGUGGAUUGGGGCUCCUUCAUCUGGCUGGCAGUGCCUGGCAUGGUCAUGAUGUGCAUUGAGUGGUGGACCUUUGAGAUUGGGAGCUUCUUGGCUGGGCUGAUCAGUGUGGUGGAGCUGGGUGCACAAUCUGUCAUCUACGAGCUCGCCUGUGUGGCCUACAUGGUGCCUCUGGGCAUCAGCGUGGCUGCGAGUGUCAGAGUGGGGAAUGCCCUGGGAGCAGGGAAUGUGGAGCAAGCCAAGACCUCCUGCAUCACUGCACUGCUGUGCACAGGAGUUUUCGCUGUGGUGGUUGCAGCAUUACUGGGGAGCCUAAGGAACGUGGUGGGAUACAUCUUCACCAACGACACGGAGAUUGUCACCUUGGUGUCCAGAGUGAUGCUCAUCUUUGGUCCAUUCCACUUGCUGGAUGCCACAGCAGCCACGUGUGGCGGGGUGCUGCGGGGCACGGGCCGGCAGAAGCUGGGCGCCAUGGCCAACGCCGUGGGAUAUUACACCCUGGGCUUCCCCAUCGGCAUCUCCCUGAUGUUUGCAGCCAGGAUGGGGGUCUUAGGUCUGUGGGUUGGGAUGAUCAUUUGCAUCUCCGUGCAAGCCCUUUCCUUCUUGGCUUUUGUCAUCCGCAUGGAUUGGAGGAAAGCUGCAGAGGAGGCUCAAGUCCGAGCUGGAAUGAAAGAACAAGUGGAAGAUGUGAACUCCAAUGGCACAGCUGCUGUCAAAACAUCUGCUGUGGGUUACACCUCCCUUGACACGGACACCGGGGACACCACGGUCCUACCUGAGAGCAUGGUGAUGGCUGAGAGGCAGCCUGGCCAUGAGCUCAGCCCUCAGGAGGAGCCUGCUGUGGUCCCUGCCCUUCCCCCUGUGCCAUGGAGAGCUGUGAUGCUCCGCCGAGGCCUGGCUGCUGCUGCUGCCAUCGCUGUCCUGCUGGUGGGAAUCCUGGUCCGGCUCCUGACUGGCAAUGGAUAA